GAGCAGCAGCUUCCCUCUGCUGCUGCUACCGGCUACAGGGAGAGACAGACAGACACACAGACAGACAGACACACACACAGACACACAGACAGACGGACACACACACACACAGACAGACAGACAGACAGACAGACAGACAGACAGGUCUCCAGUGUGGACGGUCUGUCACGACUCUUUGUGUUGAACAGAAUCAGCGGGGCGGUGACUGAUGGAUCCACUGGCUUCAUAACCGGAGACAAAGACGGAAGAGGACAGACAGACAGACAGACAGACAGACAGACAGACAGACAGACUGAGAGACAGACAGGUUAGACAGACACACCGGUGGUCAGAUCGACGCUAUGAUCGACCGGCACACGCUUAGGUAGCCCAGUGCUGAGGUGAAGAGGCUUGUAAUUGGUGGUUGCCAUGGCGCCCAGGCCAUCGUCUGGGGAGCUGUGGGGGCUCCACCUGAUGCCCCCCCGCAUCCUGGUGGACUGCUGCCUGCCCAACGGGAUGAUGGUGAGUCUGGAGUGUCUCAGAGAAACUCCUCUCCUCAGCAUCAAGCAGCAGCUCUUCACUGAGGCCAGGAAGUACCCGCUCUACCACCUGCUGCAGGAGGAGUCAUCCUACAUCUUUGUGGGCGUGACCCAGGAGGCGGAGAGGGAGGAGUUUUACGAUGAGACGAGGCGGCUGUGCGACCUGCGACUCUUCCACCCGAUCCUGAAAGUCAUCGAGCCACUGGGCAACCGGGAGGAGAAGAUCCUGAACCGAGAGAUAGGGUUUGCCAUCGGGAUGCCGGUCUGUGAGUUCGAGAUGAUGAAGGACCCGGAGGUUCAGGACUUCCGCCGCUCCAUACUGAGCGUGUGCAGAGAGGCCAUGGAGGAGAGGGAGGGGGGAGGGGCCCACAGCCAGGCGCUCUACGUUUACCCCCCCAACCUGGAGUCCAGCCCCCAACUCCCACAGCACAUCUACAGCAAGCUGGACAAAGGGAGGUUGAUCGUGACCAUCUGGGUGAUCGUUUCUCCUUCCAACUCCAAACAGAAAUACACCCUCAAGGUGAGUCACGACAGUUUACCUGAGCAGCUGAUUGCAGAAUCCAUCAGGAAGAAAAGCCGAUCGAUGCAUCUUUCACCUCAACAACUCCGCCUCUGUGUCCAGGAGUACCAGGGGCAGUACAUCCUGAAGGUGUGUGGCUGUGAUGAGUACCUAUUGGAGAAGUAUCCUCUCAGUCAGUACAAGUAUAUCCGCUCCUGUAUCAUCGUGGGUCGUCUUCCUCACCUGAUGCUCGUCUCCAAAGACAGUCUCUACUCUCAGCUUCCUGCCUCUGGCUUCGUCACGCCUUCAUACAGUCGUCGGACUCCCCAGCCAUCUCCGUGUCCGGGGGGAGGUGAUUGUUCUCCGGCUCGUUCUCUCUGGGCCUUCAACACUCUGCUGAGGGUCCGGCUGCUCUGUGCCACCUACGUCAACGUCAACAUCCGAGACAUCGACAAGAUCUAUGUGAGGACCGGCAUCUAUCACGGUGGAGAGCCGCUCUGUGACAACGUCAACACACAGAGAGUCCCCUGCUCCAACCCCAGGUGGAACGAGUGGCUGGCCUAUGACAUCUACCUGGCCGACCUCCCUCGCUCAGCCAGACUCUGCCUGUCUAUCUGCUCUGUGAAGGGAAGGAAGGGAGCCAAGGAGGAGCACUGUCCUCUGGCCUGGGGGAACGUUAACCUCUUUGACUACACGGACAUCCUGGUUUCAGGGAAAGUGGCUCUGAGUCUUUGGCCGGUCCCUCAUGGCCUGGAGGAUCUCCUGAAUCCCAUCGGAGUCGCCGGUUCAAAUCCCAAUAAGGAGACUCCCUGCGUUGAGCUGGAGUUCUCCUGGUUCAAUCAGACGGUCGUGUUUCCAGACGAGCAGCAGAUAGAAGAACACGCAAACUGGACCAUCAGCAGAGAACUGGGCUACAACUACUGCCACGGGCUGAGCAGUCGUCUGGCGUGUGACAGCAGUGUUUCUGCUGGAGAUGGUGAGCAGCUUCGUUCUCUCUGCUCCAGAGAUCCUCUCUACGAACUCUCAGAGCAGGAGAAGGACUUCCUGUGGAGGCACAGACAUUACUGUGUAAACAUCCCAGAGUCUCUUCCAAAGCUGCUUCUGUCCGUCAAAUGGAACUCCAGAGACGAAGUGUCCCAGAUGUACUGUCUGCUGAAGGAGUGGCCUCUGAUGGAGCCUGAGUCGGCUCUGGAGUUGUUGGACUGUAACUUUCCUGACCCGAUGGUCCGAGAGUUCGCUCUGCGCUGCCUGGUCCAAGGCCUGACGGACGACAAGCUGUCCCAGUACCUGCUGCAGCUCGUACAGGUGUUAAAGUAUGAGAUGUACCUGGACAAUCCUCUUGCUCGUUUCCUGAUCAAAAAGGCUCUAACCAAUCAGAGGAUAGGACACUUCUUCUUCUGGCAUCUCAAGUCCGAGAUGCACAAUAAGACGGUGUCCCGCCGCUUUGGUCUGCUGCUGGAAGCUUUCUGCCGAGCCUGUGGAAUGUACCUGAAACACCUCAACAGACAGGUGGAGGCCAUGGACAAACUGGUGAAUCUGACCGACACACUGAAACAAGAGAAGAAGGAUGAAACACAGAAGACUCAGAUGAAGUUCCUGGUUGAACACAUGUCUCGUCCAGAUUACAUGGAGGCUCUUCAGGGAUUCGUCUCUCCUCUGAACCCGGUUCACCAGCUGGGAAACCUCAGGCUGGAGGAGUGCCGCAUCAUGUCGUCGGCGAAGCGCCCGCUGUGGUUGAACUGGGAGAACCCCGACAUCAUGUCCGAGCUGCUCUUCACCAACAACGAGAUCAUCUUCAAGAACGGAGACGACCUGCGGCAGGACAUGCUGACUCUGCAGAUCAUUAAGAUCAUGGAGAACAUCUGGCAGAACCAGGGCCUGGACCUGCGCAUGCUGCCGUACGGCUGCCUGUCCAUCGGCGACUGCGUGGGUCUGAUCGAGGUGGUGAAGAACAGUUUCACCAUCAUGCAGAUUCAGUGUAAAGGAGGCCUGAAGGGGGCGCUGCAGUUCAACUCCAACACACUGCACCACUGGAUCAAAGACAAGAACAGAGGAGAGGCGUAUGACCGGGCCAUCGACCUGUUCACCAGGUCGUGUGCAGGUUACUGCGUAGCGACAUUCAUCCUGGGAAUCGGAGACCGACACAACUCCAACAUCAUGCUGAAGGAGAACGGACAGCUGUUCCACAUCGACUUCGGUCACUUCCUGGAUCACAAGAAGAAGAAGUUUGGGUACAAGAGGGAGCGAGUUCCCUUCGUCCUGACUCAGGACUUCCUCAUCGUCAUCAGUAAAGGAAUCCAGGAGUCGACCAAGACAAAGGAGUUCGAGAGGUUCCAGGAGAUGUGUUAUAAAGCCUACCUGUCCAUCCGGUUCCAGGAGCAUGCCUGCCUGUCCUCUUCAUCAACUUGUUCCUACCUGCUGUCUGCUCCUGGCUGUGGAAUGCCUGAACUGCAGAAAGCCUACCUGAGAAAAACCCUGGCUCUGGAGAAGAGCCAGCAGGAGGCGUUGGAGUAUUUCACCAAACAGAUGAAUGACGCUCAUCACGGAGGCUGGAGCACCAAGAUGGACUGGAUCUUCCACACCAUCAGACAUAUGCCCAACGAACACUGA